CACUCUCUCUUCCCACCCCCCCCCCCACGCGACGCGAGAGUCGUGAAUAAAGGAGGCGCGUCCCUCUCCCUCUUCUUCCUCCUCCCCCCACGGCACCGCUUGCUCUAAAUACGCACCCAUUUCUCCUCCUCUUAAGCACUCCGGUGGUCUCCGAUGGCGGUACAGGCGCACUACGCCUCCAACCCUUUGUUGCCCGAUUUCAGAAAACGGUCGAGGGAUGCGUUGCUUGCCGAGUUGCAGUUGCAGCAGCAGCAGCAGCACGAGCCCAACGCAAACGCCUUCCUGGGAGGAUUCAAUUACGCCGGGCAGGUGUUGAACGGAAACACUGUCUUUAGCGACCCCGAGAGCGAGUUGACGUGCAACCUGUCGGCUCCCCGGAAAAGGAGCCGAGACCAGACCCAGCAGAUAAACCUUGCUCAGCACCAGCAGCAGAUGUUGCACCAGUUUCGCUUGGUGAACCACCAGGCGCAGGCUAAUAGCAACAAGGUUCAGGAGAAAUCUGGGACCAUCUCCACCGGGUUGCAACUCUCCUACGAAGAGAAUCGACCGAACCAAUCUGGAGGGACGUCGACCAGCGGCCGCUCUCAGACGACGACGCCCUUCGCCCAAGACCUAAUGGCCUGCCUCUACCAGCAGAACGAUGAAAUCGACGCUCUCAUCCGGCUUCAGAGCGAGCGUCUGCGAUUGGGCUUGGAAGAGAAGCGAAGGAGGCACUACCGCUCGCUCCUUUCGUUUCUGGAGCAGCAGAUCGUCAAGAAACUCCGGGAUAAGGAUAUGGAGCUCGAGAAUGCGAGGGCCCGUAACGCCGAGCUCGAGGAGAAGGUGAAGCAGAUGAGUCUCGAGAACCAGAUCUGGCAGAACGUGGCGAGGAACAACGAGGCCAUCGUGGCCAAUCUCAAGAGUAGCCUGGAGCGGGUGCUGCUGCAGGGCAUGGGCCAGAGCCGCGAAGGGUACGGCGACAGCGAGGCCAUACCGUCUCCGGCAGGGGCAGACGACGCCCAGUCCUGUUGCUUCGAAGGGCUGGAAGACGUGCAGGCGAGGGCGGCCAAGGAGAACGAGGAGCUUCGCCACCGGCGGACGUGCAGGGUCUGCCGGGAGAAUGAAACGUCCGUUCUCCUACUCCCCUGCCGCCACCUCUGCCUCUGCAAGGACUGCGACUCUAGGCUCGACUGCUGCCCCGUCUGCAAUGCCAAGAAAAGCGCCAGCCUCCAGGUGUACAUGUCCUGAACGGCUACUUCUGCCCGUCGACUGUGGAAAGAAUCUUCUUCCGUUUUUUGGGGGGUUCGUUUUCCGGCCGGUUGAUGCCGGAGAAGGCUGAUGGCGUUUUCCGUAUUUGUGACGGUUGUUGGAACGGAAAACGGGCGUGGACGACGACGAUAACCGUCGGCAUCUUGUUUUUUUUUUUUUUUUUUUUUUCUCUUUUUCUUAUCAACAACAAAAAAAGAGCAUACGGGACAACUAUACAGGAAAGAAAUUCGUAUUUUUUGCUAUGCACUUAA